UCAGGAGGCGCUGCGCAAACUAGCCGCGGGCCAGUGGCCAAUCAGGGGAGGCAUUGCUCUCAGCCCGUCGUGCUGCUGGUCCUAGGCCGGGAGCGGGCAGCGGAGGAGCGUGGACUAGGCGCGUGGGCGCCCAGGGGCCUCAGGAGGGACCCCUCCGGGGAAGGGAGCGGAGGCCCGGCCCGGGGCAGCCCUCGUGCGCCUGCGCCCAGACCCUGGCCCGGGCUGCGGCCCCUCCCGCCCGCCGUCGGCCGCGCAUGCGCCCCGCGCUCCAUGGAGUCUGGAGGUCUGGCGGCGGAGCCCGCGCGCGGGGAGUCGGGGGAACACUUUCUCUACUUCGCCUACGGCAGCAAUCUGCUGAAGGAGCGGCUGCGGCUGCGGAACCCCUCGGCCCAGUUCAUCUGCGUGGCCAGGCUGCAGGAUUUCAAAGUUGACUUUGGAAAUUAUCAGGGUGUAACAAGUACUUCCUGGCAUGGAGGUAUAGCUACUAUUGUUCAGAGCCCUGGAGAUGAAGUUUGGGGAGUCGUAUGGAAAAUGCACGUGAAAAAUAUAAGUUCUCUGGAUGAACAAGAAGGAGUUGGAAGUGGAACGUAUAUCCCAAUAGAAGUUGAUGUUCAGAAUCAAGAAGGGACAGUAUUAACCUGCCGAAGUUACCAGAUGAAAAAUUACGUCCCUGCGCCCCCCUCACCGCAGUAUAAGAAGGUCAUCUGCAGGGGUGCCAAACAGAACGGCCUGCCCUCUGAAUAUCAGAGGAAGUUAGAAGACAUUGAAACGAAUCACUAUGAAGGACCCGUGAAGGUCUUUGAAGAAAUUGAAGCCAUCAUCAAUAAACCAUUGUAGCAGACGUCCAUUAUCAUUUUAGACCGUGUAUCUAACCCAACUUUUGGCCUCAAUUUAUUUUCAUUACUGUCUCUCCUUGCCACUUUUGCAUUUUUUAAAUAUUUGAUAAAAUGAAUCCCGAAUUGUCCACAGUAACUUAUUCAGGUGAUAUCACUGCAUUAAUAUAUUCAGAACCAUUUUCUGAAAUGCUGCUACCCACUGGUAGUUUCUCUUGUUUCUAGCUUUCUAUAGGGAUUGGGGUCAAGGCCAUAUCAGUUGUGAGACAGCCUAAGAAUGGUACUUGGUGAAAUCCUUCUUUGGACCAAGGCCAUGAUUUUAGGUGGGGUCCAGACACUCCUACAGCCUUUUCCCCAAGUACACCAGGGGGCUGCUUUCUUUUGUUUAUCGAGGGUGGGGAAAGUGGAGAUUGCUUGAGCUAGAUGGUAAUUUUGAUAAUAAAAUGAAUGUGAAUGCUUUGUUAUUGUUAGAGGAAUUGGGGUACCUCUUUCCACGUGGAUUCUGCUGUUGCACUGGGAUAGGAAGAAGUAAAAGUUUUUGUCUGAACCA